AUGCCGGGCUGUGCUGAUACGCCGGUGCACUGUGCUCCGUUGCCUCGGGGGGGCGGGGCGUCAAGAUUCAAUUACCAAUCACAGGAUCCUAAGUGCCCAAAUGAACGGCAUCUGCUUUACAGAGAAUGGGCCUAUCCUCAAAAUAUUUUCAAACUGCAACCCUUAGAUCUUGUCAGGAAAUAUUAUGGUGAGAAAAUUGGAAUCUAUUUUGCCUGGCUGGGAUUCUACACCCGGAUGUUACUUCUGGCAGCAAUAGUUGGUGUUGGGUGUUUUUUAUAUGGAUAUUUCACAAAGGAUAACUGCACUUGGAGUCAAGAAGUAUGUGAUCCAAACAUAGGAGGUAAGAUUAUUAUGUGUCCACAAUGUGAUCAAGAAUGCACAUACUGGAAUCUCAACAUCACAUGUGGCUCUUCCAAGGUAAUAUGUAUUGAUUGUUUUUCUUGACUUAUUUUUUGAUUAGUUAGUUUGUUUUUGGAGUUUUGGAAACGACGCCAGGCUGAAUUAGAAUAUGAAUGGGACACGGUUGAGUUUUUAGAGCAAGAGGAACACUUACGUCCAGAGUAUGAGGCAAAAUGCCACCAUAUAAUAGUGAAUGAAAUUACACAGCAAGAAGAGUAUGUUCCUUAUACAACCUGUGGAAAGUAUGUACGGAUCGUCUUCUGUGCAAGUGCUGUCUUAUUCUGGAUUCUGCUCAUUCUUGCAUCUGUUGUUGGCAUAAUUGUUUACAGACUUUCUGUUUUCCUGGUAUUUUCUGCAACACUGCCAAGGCACAUCAAUGGAACAGACACAAUACAAAAGUACCUGACUCCACAAUUAGCGACUUCAGUAUCAGCUUCAGUGCUCAACUUCAUCAUUAUUAUGAUUCUGAACAUUAUCUAUGAGAAAGUAGCAAUCAUGAUUACUGACUUUGAAUUACCAAGGACGCAGACUAAUUAUGAAAAUAGCCUAACUACGAAGAUGUUUUUAUUUCAAUUUGUCAACUAUUAUUCUUCGUGUUUCUACAUUGCAUUCUUUAAGGGUAAAUUUAUAGGUUUCCCUGGUGACCCAGUUUAUUGGUUGGGAAAAUACAGAAAUGAGGAGGCUGACAGUGGGGUAACUGCACUGACUGACCCAGACUCUGAGAAACAGCUGAAAGACAAAGGGCUUCAUCACACAGUGAUGUCGACAAACUCUAAGGAUACAAUCCAGCUUCCAUCCUCAUUUGACUUAGAAGUUCCCAACACAUCUUCUCACAAGAUGAAUCCUCAGCUACACCCCUCCAAAAAUGGAUACCUUACAGCAGCAUUUGAUAUGGUAAACAGAAAAGUACUAUGGAGUAAAUUGAUAUCUCUUAAAAUAGAACCUAGACUCCUGGCUUUGAUUAUUCCUGGCCUUUACACAAGUACCUGUUUGAGUGUGCAGUAUGGGGUUAAUGGGGCUCUGACUAACAGGAUUCACACAAAUAAAGGGAAACAGAUAAAGCACUACUGUUUCAUCAACAAUAUAAUAAUAUAUUCAUUAUUUCCAGUUAUACAAUUUGGAUUCGUAACAUUAUUUGUGACAUCAUUCCCAUUGGCACCCCUUCUGGCCCUUAUUAACAAUUUAUUGGAAAUUCAUGUGGAUGCUUGGAAGAUUACCACACAGUAUAGGCGCAUGGUUUCCCAAAAAGCCCAACAUAUAGGGGCAUGGCAACCUAUCAUGCAAGGAAUAGCCAUUCUGGCUGUGAUAACCAAUGCAAUGAUAAUUGCUUUUACAUCGGAUAUGAUUCCACGCCUGGUUUACUUCUGGUCAUUUUCAGUCCCACCCUAUGGAGAUCACAGUAGCUUUACCAUGAAGGGAUAUAUAAACAAUACUCUUUCUAUUUUUGCUGUAUCAGAUUUCCGAAAUGAAAGCAAGCCACAUGCUCUUCCCGUAUUUGCCAAUUUAACAAUAUGCAGAUAUCGAGAUUUCCGAAAUCCUCCUGGACAUAAACAUCAAUAUGAACAUAAUAUUUAUUACUGGCAUGUUAUUGCAGCCAAGUUAGCAUUCAUCCUUGUAAUGGAGCAUGUUGUCUACUUUGUGAAGCUUAUCAUUUCAUAUACCAUUCCAGAUGUGUCAAGGAAAACUAAGAGCAAAAUUAAACGGGAGAAAUACCUAACACAAAUACUUCUUCAUGAAAAUCCUCUAAAAAUUAUUAAAAAAAAUAUGGGGAACAUUGCUGACAAAUUAUUAAAAGGAGCAGAGACCACUUUACAACCUAAAUGUGAAUAAAUGCUAGUUAGUUACAACAUCUAAUAAUGAAUUAAAUAUUCUAAGAAAUCAUCAUGAGUUGGAUUAAAUAUUCUAAGAAAUCAACAUGA